CUUAGCUUGCAGAUACAUCACCACUACAACGCAGCUUAUAUACUGAGAUAUUUGAGAAGAUCGAUGGCAGGCGUCUGGGUGUUCAAAAACGGUGUGUUUCGGCUGGAAAACCCGCAGUCGGAGGGUUCGUCGUCGUCGUCGUCGGGGGCGGGGAAGAGGAAGGUUCUGGUGUACUUGCCCACAGGGGAAGAGGUGAGGUCGUACAGCAGACUGGAGAAAAUAUUGUGUGGAUUAGGGUGGGAAAGGUACUACGGUGGAGACCCAGAAUUGUACCAAUUUCACAAGCAUUCUUCCAUUGAUCUCAUCUCUCUGCCUCGCGACUUCUCCAAGUUCAACUCCGUUUACAUGUACGACAUCGUCGUCAAGAAUCCCAACCUCUUCCACGUCAGACAUGUCUGAUCUCGUGUCUCUGUCUCAUCUCAUCAUUGAUUCUAUGCCCAGUGAUCAGUGUUUUUUUUUUUUUCCCGUUUUUAAGGUCAUUAAUUUCUUAGUCACUGAUGUGUAUUUUUCCUGGUAUUCUAGCUAGAGGCUGUAGGUAGAGCCCUAGCCACUG